AUGGCUUCAUCCGUUCGUGCCGCUGCUAUUAACUGGUCCAAGUUGAACGUCACUCUUCCUCAAGAGACCGUUGCUUCUCUUCAAGCUUUCCGUAAGCGUAAUGACGAAGUCAAGCGUGUCCUUGCCGAAUUGAAAGAACAAACCACCACUGUUGACUUUGCUCACUACCGCAAGGUCCUCAAGAACCAAAACAUUAUCGACCAAGCUGAAAAGGCUGUCACCAACUUCAAGCCCGUUUCUUAUAAUUUGGAUGCUCAAUUGAAUGUCAUCAAUCAAUUUGAAUCCAAGGCUGUUGCCAAGGCUGAAAAGACUGUCAAGCAAAUUGAGCAAGAACUUAAGGAACUUCAAGCUACUCUUAGCAACAUUCAAGAAUCUCGUCCUAUUGAACAGCUCAAGGUUGAUGAUGUUAUUGCUGCCAACCCCAAGAUCAUCAAAGAAGUUGAAGAAAGCAUCAAGAAGGGUGAUUGGAGCGUUCCCGGUUACAAAGAGAAGUUUGGAGAUAUCUCUUACUUCUAA